GGUAAAGUUAAAUUGGCGGACUAUGGUUUAUUUUAUAUGACCAACGGAGGAGCCGACGUAGAUUUCCCAAUUGGUUAUCCGCAUUAUCUUCCACCUGAAGCAAUUUAUCGCCAAGCUGAUAUGCCAGAGGUCACCGGAAAGGUGGAUGUGUGGUCGCUUGGUGUAAUCUUGGCCGAAAUUUUUACAGGGUCAACUUUCUGGAAAGAAAAUGAUAAAGACAUUGAAAAAUUAUUUUCUUCAUUAUGGAUGCUUCAAUCCUUCGUACAUGAGGAUGGGGAAACUGAUGAUGAUGAAGUUUGGAACAAGGUUCUUACUUAUCAAUUGGGUAUAAAUGAACCGAUUUUGGAAUUUCUAAAUGGUUCUGCUGAUGAUGAUAUUGCGGAUUCGGAUUUUCGAAAAUUCAUUUGUGCAUGUUUGAAAGUGAAUGUUUCAAAUAGGUGUUCUCCAGAGCAGUUGUUGUCGCAUCCAUUCUUUUCUGGACAUGGUCUCAGCGACAACUAUAAAUAUUGGUGGAAAAAACCAUUUUUACAAUCACAGAUAAUUGAUUUUGAUGAAGAAGAUUUGUUUGUUCCUAUAGAUGAACAACCCAACAAGGAUGUCCUCUACGGAAUACCAUUAUCUCAGAUCUAUUACUUUUGGAAACUUGCCGGAGGUGAUGUGGAAUCGGAAUUGGCCAAAAGAGGUUAUCUACUAAGUACGCCACCAAUCGAACGAAUUCCAAGGACUGUAAAAGUACAAGAUGGAAAAGAAGAAGGCACAACAAAAGAUACCGCCUUUCUAUUUUCUGAUACCAUUUACACUUUAUCUUUGAAGGAACUUCGACAAAGGCUUGAGGUAGCUACUGGUCCUAAUAGAGAAACAUUUGAAUGGGAUACUGACUAUUUUAUGCUUGUUGAUGAGGAUGAUAUGAACUUUUUGGUCGACGAAAUGUCUGACGAUGAGAAUUCAAGCACAAAGGUUGGUAUUCUUGGAAAGUACCUGUUCCCUGAUCCAAAUAACCAUAAGGCGUCAUCAUCAUCGACAAAUGGGACCACACCAUCAACAAAUAACGUCAAAUUGCCGUUAUUAAUACGAGAAAAAGACGUCGGGUAUCAGUUUCAGAGGGUUGCCUUAUUUAGUGAGCUACUUAGGCAAUAUCCAGCGUCGAGAGAUGAAAUUAUUCAUCAUGCAAAAGUUGAUAUACCACCUUUUUUACGUGGAAAAAUUUGGGCUGCAAUUUUAGGAGUUUAUGGCGAUUAUCAAGCCUUAUACGAUUCUUAUGAUAAGGAGUCAGAGAAGGAAACUACGACGGAUCGGCAGAUUGAUGUUGAUGUUCCGAGGUGUCAUCAAUAUAAUCAGCUACUUUCGUCUCCCAUUGGUCAUGAAAAGCUUCGAAGGCUUUUGAAAUGUUUUAUAGUGGCGAACGCGAACAAUAAAUUAGUUUACUGGCAAGGGUUGGACUCUCUUUGCGCUCCUUUUCUAACACUUAAUUUUAAUGACGAAGCUCUUGCAUUUAGUUGCUUACAUACGUUUAUUCCAAAAUUUCUUCAAGAUGUUUUCUUGUUUGAUAAUUCAUCUGUCAUUGCAGAGUAUCUUGCGGUUUUUAAACAUCUUUUGUCAUUUCAUGAUCCAGAACUUUCCAGUCAUCUUAACAAAAUAGGGUAUCAACCUGAUCUAUACGCAAUUCCAUGGUUCUUGACAUUAUUUACUCAUGUUUUCCCAUUGGAUAAAACAUAUCAUUUAUGGGAUAAAAUUCUUGUUGGACCACCUUCGCUACCAUUAUUUACUGGUAUCUCUAUCCUACAACAGCUUCGUGAUUUACUUAUAAAGUCCGAAUUUAAUGAUUGUCUUGCUUUUGCCGAAUCAUUUCCUGACGUUGAUAUUGAAAAGUGCAUCCAAUCAGCACUUUCAAUGUGUAAAGUAACACCACCUUCAGUGAUUUAUCGUGUUCAUGAACCUUUUGUAACACCUGGUGCAUCACAUAAUGGAAUUCAGGAUCCUGAUCAUAAUCCUCAACGAUGGUGGGAAGUACCCAUCUCAAUUGAUACCAAGAAGGAAGAAUUAACUCCAAGAAUUUCACUUAAGGAUUUAGUAAAAUUGAAGAAUCAUGUAUUGGUUAUCGACACAAGAAGUGAACUAGAAGGACAUUUCCCAUCAUCAAUAAAUAUGAAUCCGGCACAUUUAGAACAACUUGCACUAACACUUAGACAAGAAAAUAAGAAAUAUCAUGUAGUUUUGGCUAAGAGAGGGGAUUCAGGACCACAGUUUGCUGCAAAUCUUGUAUAUGCCAAUUUUUCACGAGUUGCAGUGUUAACAGGUGGCAUCGAUGUUAUGCGUGUUGAUACCGAAGAAAGUGUACCAGUAUGUACAUGUCGACCUAAAAGCUGUUCCAUUGGAUCAAAGAAUGGAGGUGCUAUUUAUUGGAAGUGUCCAAUUCCUCUUCAGCUUUACGAAAGAUCUUUUAAUACGGAAGAAUUAACCGCAGUUACAAGAAUUGUCGCUGAUUUACAGAUUUACAUGUGUCGAUAUCAUGGAUAUCAUAGGGAGAAAUUACGUUAUCAUAAAAUUGAUCAAAACGGAAAUUCAUCAUUUCUGAAUAUCCAAAAUUGGAAUGCCAGUAAAAAAAAUCUGCUUGCUUAUUCCGAGCAAUCUAACCUUAAUCGUGAAAUCAAACGAAAUUUAAAGAAUAUGCUUCGAGAAAAUCGUGAUCUUCAGCACGUGUCUCGUAAUCGCGAAAUGCGCAACAAAAUUUCGGAUCAUCCUCAAAACUCAUUGCCCGUUCUUCAUAGUUCCUAUUCAGAUCUAUGA